GCAUCCUGUGAUAUAAGAACCGAAACGCGCAGCAAAGCAUAUUCGGCGCUCUUUCCCUCUUGAUCGCACCCACCUUUCGAAGGCAGGGAACGCACUCGUGCCGACUGAAGUGCAAUAUGGGGGCCUUUGCUCAUGAAGUCGUGCAGUUAGGGGCUGCGAUAGUCAAAAGAGCAGCGCCGGAGCAGGCAGGACUGUUUGCUGGGUUAAAUCCAGCUAAAUACAGUGCGAGCGAUCCGUUCCCGUUAUGGGUUAUCCAAGUCGUUAUUAUCAUUGGGAUGACCCAGCUCCUUUCCCUACUGCUUUCUCGUAUCCGUCAGCCAAGAGUCAUUGCCGAAGUCAUAGGUGGAGUCAUCCUUGGACCCUCCAUCAUGGGGCGCAUUCCCGGCUUCAGGGCCAACAUCUUUCCCACCGACUCUCUCCCCAUUCUUACACUCACAAGCACUGUUGGCUUGGUGUUGUUCCUGUUCCUGGUAGGAGUUGAGGUGGAUGUCGGUAUCGUCAAGCGCAACUGGCGCGCGGCUGGCGCGAUAUCGAUUGCGGGAUUGGUGGUACCAUUGGGCUUGGGUGCCGCUCUCGGCGUCCCGCUAUACCAUCAGUUUGUGGACAGCAGUGUGCACUUCGGAUACUUCAUUUUGUUCACAGCCGUUGCCAUCGGGAUUACUGCAUUUCCCGUUCUUUGCCGCAUUCUCACCGAGCUGAAGCUCCUCGACACAACCGUCGGCAUCACCGUCCUUAGCGCUGGUGUGGGUAACGACAUCGUCGGUUGGAUCCUGCUUGCGCUCACGGUCGCGCUCGUCAACGCUUCAAAUGGCUUGAACGCACUCUGGAUAUUGCUCACCAGCGUCGGCUAUGUGCUCUUCCUCCUCUUUCCCGUCAAGUGGGGCUAUGCCUGGCUCGCGCAUCGCACAGGCAGCUUCGAGAAAGGAGGGCCGACGACGCUCAUGAUGACCGUCACACUCUUCGUCAUCCUUACUUCAGCAUUCUUCACGGACGUGAUCGGCGUUCACCCGAUCUUUGGCGGGUUCGUGGCGGGCCUCAUUGUCCCGAAGAAGAACGGAUAUGCUAUUUCGUUGGUGGAGAAGAUGGAAGAUUUAGUCUCGAUCUUGCUUCUGCCGAUCUACUUCGCGCUUUCGGGAUUAAAGACCAAUCUGGGGUUGUUGAACGAUGGUGUCACUUGGGGAUAUGUGAUUCUCAUCUGCGUCUUUGCCUUCGUCUCCAAGUUUGUCUCCUGCGGCCUCACCGCGAAGCUUGCUGGCUUUAACCUCCGGGAGUCUGGGGCUAUCGGUGCCUUAAUGAGCUGCAAAGGUUUGGUGGAGCUCAUUGUGCUUAACGUUGGGUUGCAGGCGGGCGUACUGGACACUCGCGUGUUCUCCAUGUUUGUCGUGCAUGCCCUGGUGUUGACCUUCAUGACGACGCCUCUCACCAUCCUCUUCUAUCCCGCGAAACUUCGCGUCCAUCCGGCGACAGCUACAGGCUUGGAGGAUGGAUCAAGUCGGGACAACGACGACAAUCUCAAGACACGAUUCUCGGUCGUAUUAGACAAGAUCGAGCACCUGCCGGCGGUCAUGACCAUCAUGCAACUGCUCCAAGGCUCCUCUGCCAUAUCCUCUGGCACGGAGCUGUCUCCUGCUAGCCAGCGGACGAGCGUCGACAUCAAGGCUAGUGAUGGACACGACUUUCCUCACGUAUCCCACAACCCUGUGGGAUUAUCAAAGACCGUAUCCGUCAAUGCGCUCCGUCUGGUUGAGCUCGAUCAGCGAACUUCUGCCGUACUGAGGUCUCAAGACUCGGAAACGCUCAUCCAGAAUGAUCCAGUCGUCUCAGUGUUCCGGACUUACGGUCAGCUCAAUCGUAUUCCUGUCUCCUGCGCGCUCUCCGUCGUCAGCCGCGAUGAUUAUUCGGUCAGCGUGGCUACUCAUGCGCGCGAUUCGGGUUCGGAAAUGGUCAUCAUUCCUUGGCAAGGAUCUUUCGCGCGUCCCAUCGAAGGAUUGGAGCACAACCAGGCUUCGGUCAUUUACUCCAACUUCGUGCGCAGCGUGUUCGCACAAACGCCUGCCGACGUGGCGCUGUUCCUCGAUAACGGAAUUUCGGCGAACAUCAGUUCGACGAAGCAGCAUAUUGUGCUGCCUUUCUUCGGCGGACCCGACGAUCGGCUUGCGCUGUCACUGGUCGUGCAGCUUUGUCUGAGCCCAAACGCUACGGCGACCGUGAUCAGGAUGAACGUAUCGACUAGUGACGCCUUAGCCCCUGUGGACACGAUCGAAGAAACCAAAGCAUACCAUACCAUUGGUCUACCCGACACAGUCUACGGCCGGGCCGAUACGCAGACCCGACUUCAGUCAACUACCGCCGACAGCCUCAUCUGGGACCAUUACACGUCCUCUUCCGGCCCGUUCGCGGCAGGCGUUCCAGCUGCGCUAUCUCGCGUUCGGUUCACCACCGAGACAUCUACGCGACCUCUCCGUGCGGUCGUUGAUAGGGUGGCCAGCAUUGUUAAGGUAUCCGCGCCACUCGUCGUUGUGGGCCGUUCAAGGAGGAUGUCUGUGGAGACGCACCGAGCUGAAUUGCUGCAGCUGUUGGCGGAGCAUAACCCGAACGUGGGUUCAGACGUAUCGAAGACGUUGGGAGACGUCGCUGCCGCCCUUAUCGUUGCUGGUUCGAAGGCGAGCUUGCUUGUUGUGCAAGCCGCUUCGUCUGUAUGACGACUUGACCUCUUACUUUACAUACCCUUUGUACACGACUUGACAACCUUGCUGCGAGCUUCUAUUAUCCGCUUGUACAACAUAGUUCAAUGGAUACCGGU